UGUAUAUAAUAUUUUCCCAGCAGAAGUACAUUAUUAACAACGAAGUCAUCUUUGUUAUUGUUCAUUACAAGUCCAAAGAUAAUGUCCUUCACAGAGAAAAAGAUGUUGACGGGGGACUUUUAUUUUGACAGGCGGUGAAACUGUCACCUGCUGCUUCACACUGCGGCUGUGCAGAAAAACUGUGUGUGUGUAACAGAAGAAGAGCUUCUGGGCUUCCAGGCUACACUAGAAUAUUUUUUUAUCAGUGUUAUUUAUUCGUUUUAACCGGUUUUAUCAAGGCAGUGAUGUGCGCAGCCGCAGUGACGGCGUUAUAAACAGUUAUUUCUCAGCGUUUCCGUUAUGUGCGCUGAUAACAUCUCCGUUAUCUCCGAAACGACGCUCAAACUCCGGAUUUGACGCGUUUUUGCGCAACUUAUCUUAGUAGCGAUCAUUUGCGAGCAACAUUUCAAUAAUGACGUUUAAAAAAAGUAAAGUAUUAGUGAUGAUGUGUUAGUGUGAGCUUGGGAAGGAAACGCAGGGACAGAAACAGGACGCGCUGAGAGCUGUAAAACCCGGCAUGGACUACUUCCUGGAUUUUCAGGAGUGCAUCCGGGACUCUCCGGUGUUCAGGCUGUCUUUGGAGCGGUGUGAGAAUGAUCUAGAGGAGCUGGAGAGUCGCAUGGAGAAGGUGAUGAGAUUGUGUAAUAAGAUGGUGGAUGAUGGUCAGGUGUUUUGUACAUCUAAUCAGCUCUUCCUGUCAGCGCUGGCUGAGCUCACCUCACACCAUAAAAACAGCACUGUUAUAGAGAAUUGUCUGCAGCAGUUUAAUCAGGCUUUGCAGGAGAUGAUCCACUUCCACACAAUGCUGUUUGACCAGACUCGGAGAGCGAUCACACAACAGCUCACAAAUCUACUAACGCAGUUCCUCCCCCCGCUGCGCGCUGCUCGAUGUGAGUGUGUACGGAUCAAAGACGAGCUGAACACGGCGCUAAUCAAGAGCGCUCAGGUUCCACAGCACAAAGUGGCUGAAGCAGAGCGACACACACACUUGCUGCUCGCAACACGCAAGUGCUACACACACUGCAGCCUGGACUACUGCUUACAGCUUAAUAAUUUCCUGACUCAGCAGAAGCUAGACGUGCUGAACUCAGUUUUCUCCUUUUUUCACGCGCAGAACACGUUUUUUCAUCAGGGCUUUGACCUGCUAAAAGAUCUGGAGCCCACCAUGAAGAUCAUGGCAUCUGAGCUGUCUGGACUCUCAGCUGAAUGUGUGAACAGAAAGAAGAACCUGGAACAUCAACACUUGCUCGUUCAGCAGAAAGAUGCCUGUGGGGAGCCUGUGCUGUUCAAUGGAGGAGCAAUUGAAGGAUAUCUGUUUAAACGCUCACGGAGGAAGAACAAAACAUGGAAGAGGUGCUGGUUUUCAGCGAAUCAUAAUCAGCUGAUUUACACCAAAUCACACAAGGAGCAGCCACUUGUGCUGUUUGAUGAUCUCCGGUUGUGUGCUGUAAAAUCUCUGGACUCAGUGGAUCGGCGUUUCUGUUUUGAGCUGCUGUCUGUGCAGAAGAGCUGUGUUUUACAGGCAGACUCGGAGGAAUUAAAGAUGGCGUGGAUGAACGCAGUGCAGAGCCGCAUUGACAUGGCGUACAGAGAGAGAGUGCAGUCUGAACACACACAGGUGAAGGAUAGUUCUCUUCCUGCUCCUGCUCUUGCUCCUGCCCCUCUACUUGGUCCGCUUAGCACGGUUCUCCGUAGCCAUGGUAACCACCGCUGCUGUGACUGUGGGGAGGCGGAGCCUCGCUGGGCCAGCGUGAACCUCGGGAUCACAGUCUGCAUCGAGUGUUCCGGCAUCCACAGGAGUCUGGGUGUACAUCUGUCUAAGGUUCGCUCCCUCACUCUGGAUUCAUGGGACCCUGAACAGCUAAAGCUGUUGUGUGUUCUGGGUAACGACGUCAUCAACGGAAUUUAUGAACAUCACCUGUCUGAGAUGGAGAAACCCAACUCUGAUAGCUCUCGGCAGCAGAAGGAGGUGUAUAUCAGAAUGAAGUAUGUGGAGAGGAAGUUCGUUCAGGGGUGUGACCCUCAUCUCACUGAGACCAUACAGCAGUGGGCGGGACGGAGACUGUAUGAUGCGGCGUUGGGUGGCGACAUCGUCUCCAUGGCACUGGCUCUGGCUCAGGGGGGCGACGUGAACUGGACUAACCCCGAGGGACGGACGCCUCUGAUUGGUGCAGCAAUUGGAGGCUCGUUAGUGGCGUGCGAAUUCCUUCUGCAGAACGGCGCAAACGCCAAUCACAGAGACCAACACGGACACGCAGCCAUACACACAGCUACAGCACGGGGACACACAGGGCAGGUGUGUCUGCUGUUGAAGAGAGGAGCCAAUCAGUACGCAGCAGAUGAAAAAGGAAAGGAUCCCCUCAGUAUUGCCAUGGAAACGGCUCACGCCGACAUCGUUACGCUGUUGAGAAUGGCCCGUAUGAAUGAAGAAAUGAGAGAGUCUGAAGGAUUUUUUGGAUCAGUGGGAGAUGAUGAGACGUUUCAGGACAUUGUCCGUGAUUUCAGUAACAUGGCGUCUCAUGAUCCAGAGCAGCUGUCGCGCAGACACUUCAGCACUCAGGACGAAUCACAGGAAGAAUGGAGGGAUGGAAAGAUACCGGAGAAGAGCUGAGGACAGGAGAUGUGGGGCGUUUUGCCCUGAGUGGAUCGACUGAGCUAUAGUUCUGGUUGAAAGUAUAGGGUUAGAGUUUAGUGUUUAGUGUUUUAGGCUUUUGGAGUUUUGGCUUUUAGGAAUUAGGAAUUAGAGUUCAGGGGAGAAUUUAUGGUUAGGGAAAGUCAAAUAACUUCCUGUUUCUCUCUGAAUAAGUCUGGUGACUGAAGGGGACCAAGGGAUUACUGUAAAGAUAAAUGAUAGACAUUUCUCUGCAAAAGUCUUGGCACCCUAUUUUAUUUUUAUUUUUUUUUAGUACAAACUUUGUUACAGAUGUUUAUUUUCUGACUUCUACAUUAUUGAUUCAGUACAAAAACAUUUUAGAUUCCAAACAUUAGUUUUCCAGCACAAAAUGAAACGUUCCAGAAAAAUGUUUGUAUGUCAGUAAAGAAAGCAGCAGAUUCCAUAAGAGACACUUUUCAGAUAAAAACAGAAUGAAGGCUGCUGGGAUUCGCUGCAGAAAUAAGAAGCGAGUCGACAGUCAAAGUCUCCAGAAGAACUGUGGCUGCUUCUGCAAGAUGCUCAGUAACACUUCCAGCUCAUUUCCUUAUAAAACUGCACACACUGCACCUGAAAUACUGUUUUUUUUUUUUUAAAAGUGAAGGAUCAUCACACCAAAUAUUGACUUUGUUUCAUUUAUUACUGUUUACUGCUCUUUAUAGUAUUUUUUUUAAUGUAGAAACAUUUAAUUUCAUUAUUUUUUACGGCAUCUUUGCUCUACAGCAUUUCUUUGGAUGUGAAUAAGACUUUUGCACAGAACUGUACAUUUCUUAUAACUGUUCUGAUCCACCUAAACAAAGUGUCUAAAGGCUGUAGAGUUGAGGCACACACACAAAUUUAUACAGAGAGAGCAUAUUUUAAGAUCAGCUCAUAUGCUCUUACUUACCAGUUUAUUAGGAACACCUGCUCAUUCAUGCGAUCGUCCAUUCAGAUUGCAUGAAUGGGUGGGCGUUCCUAAUAAAGUGGACGGUCGGGUAUAUUUUUAUGUAAUUGUCUGUGCCGUCGUUAGCCGUCGAUCGUAUUCGCUAAUCAUCACUGAUACGGCGGUUUAAAAUGUUUUUCUCAACCCUGCGUCAGUAACCUGAGACUCGGAAACUAAUCAACUCCGAGAUUAAGCAGUGAAAUCUGUUCUACAGACGGAGCUUGUUAUAACUGUUACGUUACUGCUGUUCUUCAGUCUCAAGUUAGACUAAUAUGUUUAUUUUUUUUAAUAUAUGGCACAUUAUGUAUUUUAGUUCUGUACUACAGAAAUAAGUUGUCUAAUGCUGUAUUACCGAGUUGUGUAAUUCUGACCUUUAACCCUGAGUUAUAGGUGUGUGUGUGUGUUUUUGUUCCAGUGGAUAUGUAGAUGAAAACCUUAUGUAUUUACAUAAAAAAGAAAUGAUUUACGCUUACAUAUAUAUCCUCAGCUAACAGGCUGAUCCGAUAAUGUCCUGUUUAUUAGAUUUAUCCAAACACAUAGAGCGAUCGGACGCUGUUAGGUCCAGCGGUGACUCAGUGAUGAUACACACACACACACUGUGCUGCUGUAUUUCACUUACUGAAAUAACAAAGACUGUGUUUUUAAGAUGACUCUGGUGCUCACCAGUACACACAUGGAACUAAAAUAUAUCUACAUUAUAUGUAUAAUGUAUAUAUAAAUAUACAGGUCAACACACUGAUAUUUAUAGGCUAAUACAAUAAAAUGUAUUUAAUUCGA